AUGUCGCUCUUGGCCUUGCUCUCGCGGGCUUAUCUUCCUCCGCGGCCAUUGUCCAUUCCCACACGCGCCGCUGCGCCGAGGCUCUGCACCGACGGCGGCGAUGUGAAGGGCGAGGAGGACUGGCGCGACGUGCGGGCGCGGCUUGUGGCGAUGGAGCAGCUCGAGCAGGCUGAUCCCGACGCUCCGCCUGGCCUCAGCUCGCCCGUCGUCAGCGGUGCCCCCGUCUACGAGACGCCGCUCAUCGAACGGGGUUCGGUGAUCCUCGGCGGCACGCAGCAGGAGUUCGGCUUCGCGCUGCGACAGCAGUACUUUCACAAGUCGGUCAUGCUUCUUCUGCAGCACGACGACGCCUUCACUCGCGGCAUCAUACUGAAUCGGCCGUCGGCGAUGGAGCUCGACGGCUGGCGCGUGUGGUUCGGGGGCGACGUGGCGGAGGGCGGACUCUUCCACGGGAAUGGACGGGCUGGAGGGACGCGCGAGAUCGUCUGCUUGCACUCGCUUACGAGCGACGCUGCGACGCGGCUGUCGAUGCCGGUGAUCAGAGGGGUGCAGUACACGACGCUCGAGGGAGCGCAGGCGCUGGUCGCCUCGGGCGAGGCGGAGAGGUCUUCCUUUUGGCUCUUCGUGGGCUACGCGGGCUGGGCGCCCAAGCAGCUCCAGGGCGAA